GCGUCACUUAUAUAGAAUCAUUUGCGCCGAUGAUCGUGUAAAAGUUCCUAUCUCUCUUGGUAUUCCGCUCGUUAGAAUCUACCGUUCGUAUCGCGCGUCUUUUAUCGGCGUUCGAAGAUUUUCGGGAUGUGCAGAAGUAGCGAAUAUGAUUAACGCGGUAACGUCUGUUCGAGACGUAACGGCUAUACUCCUGAUAAUUUUCCUCCGUGACGCAUGCGUGUUCGAUUCGGAAGAAAAAUCAGAAUUAGUCCAACGGAAUCCCGGAAAGUAGCGAGUGCGAAAACUGUAGUCCCAAAUAUCGUUUAUUCACGCGCUCGAAAAGGUGUUGCGGUUAAUCGUUCGUGGUACUCGGUCGACUGCCAAGGCAAGAUGGUGAAGCCACAGCAAGUUUUAGAUAUCAAACCGGAAAACGAACUGCGGUUCACAGGCCCGUUCACAGAAAAGACAGUCACAUCGUAUUUGUCGUUAUAUAAUCCAACGGAUCAGAAAGUUUAUUUUAAAAUAAAGACAACUGCUCCGAGGAGGUACUGUGUACGUCCAAACUGUGGAUAUAUCAAGCCAAAGAAAGAUAUUCAGAUAGCUGUGUCUCUUCAACCGUUCGAUUACGAUCCGACCGAAAAGAAUAAACAUAAAUUUAUGGUGCAAGCUUUAUUGGCAUCAGCGGACGACACUGGCGAGGAAUAUAUUGAUAUGUGGAAAGAUCCAAAUCCAAAGGAGUUGAUGGAAUCUAAGUUAAAGUGUGUGUUUGAGAAUUCUGUAACUUAUACCACGUCUGCAAAAACUGCUGCGAAUAAAUCCGAAGUGAAUACAAAUAAUGGCAAGAACAAAACAGUUUCCAUUAAACAGUUUGUAAAGGAUAACGUGGAGGCGGAAGAUAAGUUAUUAAAAGUAGCACAAGAGGUUAAUCAGCUUAGGGUAGAGGAGAGUACUCUUAGGCAGGAAAAUCUUCAAUUAAAGGAGGAUUUAAUAAAAUUACAAAACGCGGCAUCGGGUCACGAUGCUAAAGUAGCCGCAGCUAUUUUGACCUCGCAAAGUAGUAGCCAAUUGUCACAAAAUUCAACAAACAUCCUCGUUUUCGGUGCCAUUGUUAUGGUCAUAGUAGGAUAUUUAUUGGGAAAAAUGUUCUGAGCAGCCAUUACCUUACUGCAUAACAUGGCACAUCCCUCUCUUCCCCCCGUGUUUCUUAGCCUGCCUUCUGCAACCAUAUACCACUUACCGAUCGCAGAUAUCGAAAAUCAGUCAUCGUAUUACGCGGUUGUUCAUAAUAAAUAUUAUAAACGUGAACAUAUAGCGGUUUUAAUAGAAUUAUUCGCUGCAAGAGUGUGCUUAUACUUUGGUAAAGCGACGAAGAAUGUUAAAUCCAUGAAGUUACGUUCAAUUUUAAGUAUCGUACAUUAACACGAGACACGUGUAAUUAAAUUUAUGUUGCUUCCAUUUUUUUUUUUUCUAUUGUAAAAGGAUUACUCGCUUUACGGGCAUGCUUGCGGCUGUGUCUUUGGAACCAUGUUGCCACCAAGAAGCCAUUCGCACGUAAAAACGUACUGUAAUUUUUUAAAAUUCGAAUUUUAAAAAAUUGAAAAUUUUUCCCGCGUUUCGACGUGGAAUAACGGAAUUAAUUGAAUCGAACGUAACUCUUUGAAAUGAGUAUACCCCCAGUUAGAGAGAAAGUGAACUCCAAAAUAUCCGGGAAGAAAUUUUUAUUUAGUAUUCCGAAACGUACUUAACAAUCACACAUUGUAAGAUUGUACAUAAUGUAUUCAAUUUAAGAUAAUGUGUCUAACGUAUAGUUAGAAG